GCGUAAAGCGACUAGGAAACUGCGUUUCGAAUUUCUGCGAUGAGACGCUGAUCAGAAGCCAUCCCUCCGCCGACCCUUCAAACCUUAGAGCACUCAAGUCAGGCACCGCUUUACAGACCGUCGUGAAUAAUAAAGAGAACCCAGGUCCCCGAGUUGAACAACAAGACCAUCCCAGCACCGCGUCAAACCAAUCGAUCCUCCACCCGCUCGCGCGUCCUAGGCGAUAAGACGUUCUCAGCCUCAGCCCGCGUCAACUGCGUCGAAAAGUGGGAUUCCAAAAUUCCCUUUGCCCCCUGCCCCUCCUCCCUGGGAAAGUCCACGCUACUCCACCCGAUCAAGACUGAGAAAUCUCAGCCACGCGUCCCGUCACAUUCUCAGAACCCGAAGGAAGCCAAGAAGAAAUCCAGAACCGAGCCUUCUCGCACCCAAUCGGCCAAGAGCCUCAGCUCACACAUCUACUGCCCAGAUACCGGGAAUGUGAACGAGCUGUCCAGUAACUCACACCCACUAGAUGAUGGCUUGACUGAAUUGGUUUCCAAACUCGAAGCCCUCCAAGCCAAUGACAAUGGAGCACUCGAAAUCUUGGAUCCCCUUCCGGCCAACGCUACCUGUCCCGGAGCCCCCAAAAUGCCGAGCGCGUUCACGAUGCCAGUCUUUGUGGCGGAUGAUGGCCAUUGUGACGAUAAUGAUGAUGAUGAUGAUCAAAUGGUCGAUUUCAAGUUCGCCAGUUCACAUCAAAUGUCUCCGUUGGCGGAGGUGACCGAGGCAUUCACCGGACUGCAAGGUGGCUGGAGCCCGCCGCUUGAGACUCUUAGCCCCGUCUUGAACCACCGGGCAUUCGAGGCCUUUGCCCUCCAAGCCGAUCAAGCUUGAUAACCUCGAGUGUCAUCAAAUCCCCGACACUCAAUACCCGCGAAACCAACACCCUUCGACUAAUUCCCCGAUUCCCCAGCUUCAACAACACGACUAAUCCUCCUCCCUCACCUCCAAAAUCCCCCUUAAUACUAAUUCUCAAUCCUAGUCGUAGUUUUGUCCAUCUUCGAAAAAGCGUGUGCCAGCCGUCUUGUUCCUAACAGUCUCAUUCGAGCAUUUCCUCUUAAUUCCCUACUGUUUCUUUCUUCUUGACACGCCCAUUAAAACUCCGCCAAUCUUGUCUUUGUUUUUUUUUAUUCUUGAUCUUAUAAUCAACAUAUUCUUAUGAUUCUUGAUGUCGAGGAAAACCUACGUCUUCG